AUGGACCAGGCCUCUGCACAGGGGGCCUGGCUCAUGGACCAGGCCUCUGCACAGGGGCUGCUCAUGGACCAGGCCUCUGCACAGGGGCUGCUCAUGGACCAGGCCUCUGCACAGGGGCUGCUCAUGGACCAGGCCUCUGCACAGGGGGCUGCUCAUGGACCAGGCCUCUGCACAGGGGGCUGCUCAUGGACCAGGCCUCUGCACGGGGGGCUGCUCAUGGACCAGGCCUCUGCACAGGGGGCUGCUCAUGGACCAGGCCUCUGCACAGGGGGCUGCUCAUGGACCAGGCCUCUGCACAGGGGGCUGCUCAUGGACCAGGCCUCUGCACAGGGGGCUGCUCAUGGACCAGGCCUCUGCACAGGGGGCUGCUCAUGGACCAGGCCUCUGCACAGGGGGCUGCUCAUGGACCAGGCCUCUGCACAGGGGGCUGCUCAUGGACCAGGCCUCUGCACAGGGGGCUGCUCAUGGACCAGGACGGCUGCUUCAUGUGAUUCGUUCUAUUUCUCUCCUUUAUCUGCAGAUUCUGAGAUCGCUGCGGACGUCACUGUGAACGUCACUGUGAACGUCACCGUGAGGACGCACAGGAUGACGACCAAACGUAGGCUGAUCACAGACUCGUUUAGAGUGGUGAAGAGAGAGAGACGAGGAGGAAAACGAGAGAGAACCCCCACGCCUCCUCCCACUCCACAACAGCUGGAAGCUGAGGCUCGUCUGGAGGAUCUACAGAAGCUGCAGCAGUUCGACCUGGACUGGAGAUUCGGACCAUGCACAGGUAUCAGUCGUCUGCAGCGGUGGGAGAGAGCUCAGCUCCACGGUCUGCACCCUCCACAGGAGAUCAGAGAACUACUGCUGCAGACUGACCAGCACGAGCCCGAGCUCAGAGAGAGCUUGUGGCGCGAGUAUCCGCUGUGA